AUGGCGCUGUACAUACUGUACGAGUCGGCGUCGGGUUACAGUCUGUUUCUUGCGCACGGUCUUGAUGAAAUUGGGCAGAAUACGGAGGCGGUUCGGGGGUCCGUGUCGGACCUGAACCGGUUCGGAAAAGUGGUUAAGCUAGCUGCCUUUAGUCCCUUUGAGUCUGCCCUUGAUGCACUCAAUCAAUGCAAUGCCGUCUCUGAAGGGCAAAUGACCGAUGAGCUGAGAAGCUUUUUGGAGCUUACUCUCCCAAAAGUUAAGGAAGGGAAGAAGCCUAAAUUCAGUUUGGGAGUGGCAGAGCCUAAACUUGGGUCUCAUAUUUGUGAAGUAACUAAAAUCCCUUGCCAAAGCAAUGAAUUUGUCCUUGAGCUUCUUCGAGGCGUGCGCUUGCAUUUUGAUAGGUUCAUUGAAAACCUAAAGCCUGGUGAUUUAGAGAAGGCACAACUGGGUCUUGGUCACAGCUACAGCAGAGCAAAGGUCAAGUUCAAUGUGAACCGUGUUGAUAAUAUGGUUAUUCAGGCUAUCUUUCUUCUUGAUACUCUCGAUAAAGACGUCAAUUCCUUCUCCAUGAGAGUCAGAGAAUGGUACUCUUGGCAUUUCCCUGAAUUGGUGAAGAUUGUUAAUGACAAUUAUCUGUAUGCCAAAGUUGCAAAAUAUGUGGAAGAUAAAUCUCAGUUGUCUGAAGACCAUUUAUCAGGCUUAACUGACAUAGUUGGGGACGAAGAUAAAGCAAAGGAAAUUAUAGAAGCUGCCAAAGCAUCCAUGGGACAGGAUUUGUCGCCAAUUGACUUGAUUAAUGUCAAGCAAUUUGCGCAAAGGGUGAUGGACCUUGCAGAGUAUAGGAAGAAGCUCUAUGAUUAUCUUGUUGCCAAAAUGAAUGAUAUAGCACCUAAUUUGGCUGCACUGAUUGGUGAAGUCGUUGGCGCUCGAUUGAUUUCUCAUGCUGGAAGUCUCACAAAUUUGGCAAAGUGUCCUUCUUCAACUCUUCAGAUCCUUGGUGCUGAGAAGGCUCUCUUUAGGGCACUGAAAACCCGUGGGAACACUCCAAAAUAUGGUCUUAUAUUCCAUUCCUCCUUCAUUGGCCGUGCUUCUACUCGGAACAAAGGCCGUAUGGCUCGUUAUCUUGCAAACAAGUGCUCUAUUGCUUCUCGUAUUGACUGUUUCUUAGAGAAAAAUACUACUGCUUUUGGAGAGAAGCUCCGUGAACAAGUUGAGGAGCGUCUAGACUUCUAUGAUAAAGGGGUUGCUCCUCGUAAAAACCUAGAUGUGAUGAAAUCUGCUAUUGAAACUGUUGAGAGCAAAGAUACAGAAAUGGAUGUAGAUGAACCUGUUGAUGGACCUUCUGCGAAAAAAGGCAAGAAAAAGAAAUCCAAAAAGAAAAAUACUACUGCUUUUGGAGAGAAGCUCCGUGAACAAGUUGAGGAGCGUCUAGACUUCUAUGAUAAAGGGGUUGCUCCUCGUAAAAACCUAGAUGUGAUGAAAUCUGCUAUUGAAACUGUUGAGAGCAAAGAUACAGAAAUGGAUGUAGAUGAACCCGUUGAUGGACCUUCUGCGAAAAAAGGCAAGAAAAAGAAAUCCAAAAGUGGAGCGAAGGAAGAUGUUGAACCCCUGACUGAGGAUAAGCCAGCAGCUGUUAAUAAUGGAGAUGCUCCUGAAGAACCUAAAAGUGAAAAGAAGAAGAAAAAGGAAAAGCGAAAAUUGGUACAAAAGGCAGAUGAGGAAAAGAAUGAACCUACAGAAAAUGUAAACGGUGCAAAUGGAUUCAAUGCAGAAAAUGGAACGGCCAAAAAGAAGAAAAAGAAGAAGGAAGAAAACACCGAGGAUCUUCCAGCUGCAAGUGAAAGUAAGAAGAAGAAAAAGAAAUCGAGAAAAGAAGACAGCGAUUAA